UCCCUCGGCCCAACUGAGAGGAGCAAACUCCGACACUCUGUGUGCAUUUGUGCACCGUUAAAAUGAACGGCUGUUUUAUUUAACCGGUAGUUAACGUAUAAAUGUGAGGCAGGAUUCGCGUCAGUUGUGUUUUUGGCGUCAGAUAGGUUAUCAGCGGAUGAGACAUACGCUGUCAGUUUAGUAGCUUGUUUGCUAGCUGUAGCUGAUUGCUAAUGUGGUGCUAACGGCUAAGCAUUUGGCUUCACAGUGGUAAUUGUUGUUUAGGCGUUGUCGCAGUUGUAAACAUAUCUUCAAGAAGUCUGUUUACGUAAAAAACGACCAUGUCUUGCAGUUAAUAUAACUGUUUGCUUUGUCGGGGGUUAAAUGGCGCUGAUAAAUAAGUUUAGAUGUAGUUGUGAAUGCUGACACUCUACAGUGUAGCUUCCCACCUGACACCCAGCGCUACCUGUUUGUACCCUGCUAGCCACGUAAACUGCUCCUGCUUGGUGUUGACGUAGCAGGAGCAGCUAGCUCGCCUGUCCUGUCGAGCUAGUUAAUCUUUAUAUGAAUUAGGUGUGUAAAGUCAGUGGCAGCUUUGCUUAAUAAUAUCAAGACUCCCGGAAGACCGAGCUUCACCUAGGACAUGCACUAUUGUGGCUCAAAAUGCGAUAGCAGGACUUAAACGUGUGCCUCGUUUGUGUCCUGGUCCUGUUGCAUUGAGCGGAUGAUGAAGCGGGUCAUCUGGCUGAUAUCAGGAUUAAACAGAAGAAUGAUGAAGCUGCUUUUUGCCCUCGCUUUGAUCGCCUACAUUGCCUCUGUCUGGGGAACAUAUACGAACAUGAGGUCGAUACAAGAACAUGGAGAAACGAAGAUUGAGCAGAUAGUUGAUGAAGCUGUGGCUCCUCUCAGAGAGAAGAUUCGUGAUCUGGAACAAAGUUUUUCUCAGAAAUACCCACCAGUGAAAUUUCUGUCAGAAAAGGAUCGCAAGAGGAUUUUGAUUACUGGUGGGGCUGGUUUUGUGGGUUCCCACCUUACUGACAAGCUGAUGAUGGAUGGCCACGAGGUGACUGUGGUGGACAACUUUUUCACAGGAAGGAAAAGGAACGUGGAACACUGGAUUGGCCAUGAAAACUUCGAGCUCAUUAAUCAUGAUGUGGUGGAGCCUCUGUAUAUUGAAGUGGACCAGAUCUAUCACCUGGCGUCUCCAGCCUCUCCUCCAAACUACAUGUACAAUCCCAUCAAAACACUCAAGACAAACACUAUUGGCACUCUUAACAUGCUUGGUCUGGCCAAACGUGUGGGUGCCAGACUUCUCCUGGCUUCUACGUCUGAGGUUUAUGGAGAUCCGGAGGUGCACCCUCAAAAUGAGGAGUACUGGGGGCAUGUGAACCCCAUUGGUCCUCGAGCAUGCUACGAUGAGGGGAAACGUGUAGCAGAGACCAUGUGCUAUGCCUACAUGAAACAGGAAGGGGUAGAGGUGAGGGUGGCGAGGAUCUUUAACACGUUUGGCUCCCGAAUGCACAUGAACGAUGGACGUGUUGUCAGCAACUUCAUCCUGCAGGCUCUACAGGGAGAACCUCUCACGGUGUAUGGCACUGGAUCCCAAACGAGAGCAUUUCAGUAUGUAAGCGACCUGGUGAACGGCCUGGUGUCGUUGAUGAACAGCAACAUCAGCAGUCCGGUCAAUCUGGGGAACCCAGAGGAACACACCAUAUUGGAGUUUGCUCGUCUCAUCAAAAGUCUCGUCGUGAGCCGCAGUCAGAUCCAGUUCCUUCCAGAGGCCCAGGACGACCCGCAGAGGAGAAGACCUGACAUCCGGAAAGCCAAGAUGAUGCUGGGCUGGGAGCCGGUGGUGCCCCUGGAGGAAGGCUUGAACAAAACUAUCCAGUACUUCAGUCGGGAACUGGAGCACCAGGCCAACAACCAGUACAUCCCCAAACCUAAAGCCGCCCGGAUGAAGAAAGGAAGACCAAGACACAACUGAGACCUCGGGAGCUCAGAGCAAACCUGCACUCUGCUGGAACAGACACAACCCACCUGCUCGUCGAAUCCCAUGUACAUAAACUGCAUAAUCCACUGCUGUACGUCCGGUCUACUGCGAUCCCAGACGUUCCUCCUGGUUCUGCUCAGUUUAGCCAGGAACUCCUGAGCCUUGGAAGAGGGGA